AUGGAAUCUGAAGGCAAAAUAACAGUUGCAUAUUGGAAAAUUAGAGGGCUGUUCAGACACAUUCAGUAUGUACUUGAGUACUGUGGAGCUGACUAUGACACUAAGAUCUACGAAGCUGGAGGCCCACCAGAUUAUUGUAGAAAAGUUUGGUUUGAUAAUAAAUUCAAUCUCGGGUUAGAUUUUCCAAAUCUUCCAUAUCUAGUAGAUGGGGACUUUAAAAUGACAGAGACAGUGCCAAUUAUAUUUUACAUUGCUGAGAAGUAUAAACCAGAGAUCCUUGGAGAGACUCCCCAGGAAAAAGCAACUAUUCAGAUGCUCAUGAAUAUCAUCCACUUCGAAGCCAAAGAGCCCAUCACAUGGGAUUUCUAUUUGAUAGAAGACAGAGCUAAAACCUUGGAAGGAGCUAUCAAAGCUAUCGAGCCUAUCGCCAAAUUCUUAGGAGACAAAGACUAUUUCAUGGGAGAUAAACCAAUGCUACCUGACUUGCAUAUUGCUGAACUUGUGCACUUAGUGUUAGCUAUCGAUACCGAAGGAGAAUUUGCAGAAAAGUUCCCUAACAUAGUUGCUCUCCAAAAAAGAGUUGAUAAUCUUCCAGAAAUAAAGGCGUUCCUUGAAAGUGACAGAUGUAAAGACAUCCCAUUCCAUAACUUAAAUGCUAAACAGAAUCCUUAAUCUCUUGAAACUGCCUUGAUUUAUGAAUCU